AUGACAGACCGGGUGAAGAAGGCCCACGUGCCAACCCCCACCAUCUACGCAGAACGCCAGAGAACAGGUGGACAUUCCCAACACCGAUUAUUCCUCCCCGGCAGGCGCUGCGGUCCUCCCCGGAACAGCGCUCUCCAGCUUUCUCCCCCAUCCCCAGCGUCCCAACUGCCCCCUCCCUCCCCGUCCGGCCGCCACCGCUCAUUGAGAAAUCACGGUGGUCCUAGCGCAGAGACUCGCCCAGAGCCUGGCCUCUGGCUCCGCGCUCAGACCCGCCCCUCUAGAACGGCGUGGAGGGGACGAGAGUCGUGCGCUCGUCCCCCUCUCCCCCCAACGCACGGGACAGCGGGGUGGCAGCGGGCACGGCGAGGGUGUCUGCACAAAGCAGGGGAGGAAGAUUCCUUGCCACCCCCGGCGACAACUUUCACCGGACUUCAGCUGGCAGCCCCGUGUCCGCCUACCUCCCCUCUCAGCCAGUUUACCUCUAAGCACACACACCGCCACCUCGCGCCCAGUCCCGACCCCGCGCCCCAGGCCGGACUCCGCCGCGCGUCCCUGGCAGCCCAGCAGAGGCGGCGGCGGCCUCGGGCGCGCGGGUGUCUGCGCCUCCCAGAGAAACUGGGGGUCCGGGUGUCUCAGGAUGCGAGUCCUCGGCUGGGCUGGGGCCAAGGCCCCGCGCGCGACCAGAAGAGACCCGGCAGCGGGAGCGGGAGCGGAGGGAAGGAGGAGGAGGCGAGGGAGGAGGAGGAGGAGGCAGGAGGUGGGAGGAGGGAGGAGGGAGGGGGAGGAGGAAGAGACCGCGGCUCUCCCCGCCGGCUCUGCGUGCGGAAGAGUUUGCCGCGCGAGCAGCCGGCCUGCCGCAGGAGCCGAGGGACCCGCGCGGCGGCGGCCGGGAAGCAGCGGCCGCGUAGCUCAGAGAUCCGCAGCCGCGGUGGCGGCGGCGGCGGCGGCGGCGGCAGCGAGAGCAGCGCCUCCCGCCGCCGCCCGGGAGGAGCUCGCCGCGCCCGCUCGCCGCCUCGGCUCCCAGCGGCGGCGGCGGCGGCGGGAGGCGCGUCUCCCCGGCCCAGUCAGCGCCCGGCCCCGCGGGGUCGUCCCGGCCAGUUACGAGGUAAGGGGCCGCGCCCGGGGAUGCGGGGGGCCCGGGGUGGGAGUCCGUGCGCGCUGGGUCGCGGGACUCGGUCACCUGCUAGCCGGCGCUGUGGACGCGCGGGGCCGGAAGGGGCGUUCAGGCACGGGGCUGCGCGGUGCGGGGGUCAGGGGCGCAGGAUGGUGUGGCCUCACCCCCACCCCGGGUCCCGGCGCCCAGGACGCCGCGUCUUGCGGGACUGCAGCGGUUGCAGGGUCGGUGUGCUCCGUGUGCGUCUCGCCGUAGGAAGCGGAGAACGAGGCACCCCGAACCUCAGGAUUUGGGGGAGCUCAGAGGGUACCGUCGGGUGGAUAGAGGCCGUGUCCAGGGAGCAGCCUGCAGGGUUGCCCUGUAGCCUCUCUGAGCCCCACCGCUCUCCUUCGCGAAGAGUGGGGAACCGGGGAGCCCUAGGGAGUGCGGCGUGCGCGCCCCAGGCCCGCGAUCUCUCCGGGUCCCUAGGUCGGAUUUGGUUCCGGGCCCGACUGGGUACCCAGUCUGCCCCCUGA